GAUGGACAGGUGGGGAGACAGGCUUGGAGAGAGGCGACCUCGCCUGGGUCAUUAACGAAGCCAUUCGGGACUGAGAAGGAAGCUGGGCCCUUGACUUCAGGCUUCACCUCCUCCUGGGGCAGCGCUCAGGUGAACAGAACCGCCUCUGAAGUCCAGAGGACCUGGGUUUCGGUCUUGCCUGGCACAUUACCUACCUGGAUCACUUUGGACAAGUCGCCUCCCAUCUGGGAGCCUCCUUUCCCUCUUUUAUUGUCUCUGAAAAUGUGGCCCCUAGCAGAUCCUCAAUAAAUGCUAGUUUGGACCUUGGUCAGUGUGGAAAGAAAGGGGACCACUGAUUCUAAACCUUCAGUCAAACUUGCUUGUUAUAACUUAAAUAUAAAAUGAACAGAUUUUGUAAAUUUUUUAGCUGGCAAUUUAUGCUAACAUUUCAGAUUAUGGGUUAAAUUGGGGAGGUGGUGUUUCAGCAUACAAAUCAGUGACAGGGCAUGCAAAAUGUCAAAAGCGAAACUCCCAAGCAAAGGUGAUCUCCUCCCACUUGAAUUACUACUUAAGAGCAUAUAACACUGAGUCCCUCCUGAGUGUUCACCUGGCUCCCAGGCCCUUGACAUUCAUUGACUAAUGCACUGUUUGCUGUGGAAUUGAUGUUAUUUUCCUCAUUUUUAUGGAUAAGGAAACUGAAACUCAGAAAUAGUGACUUUCCAAAGAUCACACACAUCUGUCCAACCCCUAAGCCUCGGUGUUGACCCACCACCAGCCCAUUUAUUAGCAGGGACUGCUUCAGCCAAAAAUGUGAAGAAAACACCACUGGCCAAGAGAAGAAGAAUCAGAUAGGGUGGCAGCCACAUCUGAGGACGAGAGCCACUUUGAGGAGCCAGGAUCUGUGACCUCUGCUGGUCCAGCUGGGACCAGUGACUAUUCUAGCAUCUGACAUCACCAGGAAGACUUGGGGACCUGGGAGUGCUCAGAGGAGCCUUCCCCUGAGACAUGAAACUUUGGGGCCGAAUGCUGUGGGCCCUCCUUUCUGGCUCGGGGAAGAGGGGAGGUACUCGGGGCUGGGCCUCCAGCUCAUGGCAACCCCGUCUGCCUCUGGCUGGGUUGAGUGCCACAGAGCUGGUCAGCCACUGGACGGCAGUCUUUGAGAAGAGGGGCAUCCCUGAGGCCCGGGAAUCCAGCGAGUACAUCGUGGCUCAUGUCCUUGGAGCCAAAACAUUUCAGAGCCUGAGGCCAGCACUUUGGACCCAGCCCCUGACCCCUUGGCAGCUACAGUGCAUCGAGGAGCUGAGUAGCUGCCGAUUGCAAAGGAUGCCUGUGCAGUACAUCCUUGGUGAGUGGGACUUUCAGGGCCUCAGUCUGAAGAUGGCGCCCCCAGUGUUCAUCCCUCGGCCAGAAACAGAGGAGCUGGUUGAAUGGGUACUAGAGGAGGUGACCCAGAGGUCCCACGUGGUGGGAGCCCAAGGUGGGCCCCUCAUCCUGGAAGUGGGCUGCGGAUCAGGAGCCAUCUCUCUCAGCCUGCUGAGCCAGCUCCCUCAGAGCCGAGUCAUUGCUGUGGAUAAGGGAGAAGCUGCCAUCUGCCUGACCCAUGAGAACGCUCAGAGGCUUCAGCUGCAAGACAGGAUUCGGAUCAUGCCCCUCGAUGUGACCUUAGAGGGGAGCUGGGCACACUUUGUGCCCUGGGGCCCCAUGGACCUCAUUGUCAGCAACCCUCCCUACGUCUUCCACCAGGACAUGGAGCAGCUGGCCCCUGAGAUCCGCAGCUAUGAAGACCCAGCAGCCCUGGAUGGUGGAGAGGAGGGCAUGGAUGUCAUUACCCACAUCCUGGCACUGGCAUCUUGGCUCCUGAAGGACUCUGGAAGCAUCUUCUUAGAAGUGGACCCAAGACACCCAGAGCUCAUCGGCAGCUGGCUUCAAAGCCGGCCUGACCUAUCUCUUGAUCUUGUGGCUGUGCGCAGGGACUUCUGUGGGAGGCCCCGGUUCCUGCAUAUCCAGAGGUCUGGGCCACAGCAUGGCUGCCCCACAGAUGCCUGGCCAGGGCCCCAGCCUCCCAGAGUGCCUGGCUGACACUUCCUCCUGGAAUGCUACUUGGAAGGAAGUGGAUGGCACCUUCCAGAACCCCAGAUGCUUGUGGCAUUUCCCAUGGCUCUGCGAUUCCACAUGCUCUAUGUUUCUAGGAGACUUAGGAGUAGUCUGCCUUCCUGGGGUGGCGAAGAGCAAGGGCAUCCAUAGUUCUGCUCAGAAGCUGAGCACACCCAGAUUCCCAGUCUGGCCCCAUCACAUCACAUGAUGGCCAAGGGCAGGUUGCCAGCUAUUUCUGUGGGUGGAAAUGCUCUGGGCAUGUUGGGAGAUAUGGUCAAUAAAGUGUGGAGAGACCGACAA